AUGUUCAGGGUAGAAAGAAGGCCCUACUUAAAGUAUUCUCUGAGCCUGCCGUAUAUAGCAUGAAACUGUCGCAAUUUAACGUCACUUGCUGCCAUUAAAUUGGGGAACAGGCGUGGGUCAGAUGAAUUACAUCGUAUUUGUUUUUUUUAAUUUAUUUAUCAGUCAAAACUGUAGAGAAUAGGCUUGUUUGGGUACAUAAGAACAAAACGAGAACGACCGACAAGGAUGUUUAAAAAAUUUGAUGAGAAGGAAAAUGUUUCCAACUGUAUACAGCUGAAGACAUCCGUAAUUAAAGGCAUUAAAAACCAGCUGUUGGACCAGUUUCCAGACAUCGAGUCAUGGCUCAACCAUAUUAUGCCAAAAAAAGACCCUGUCAAAAUAGUGCGAUGCCACGAACACAUUGAAAUCUUGACAGUGAAUGGAGAAUUGCUAUUCUUCAGACAAAGAGAAGGACCUUUCUAUCCAACCCUUCGACUGUUGCAUAAAUACCCGUUUAUUCUUCCACACCAACAAGUAGACAAAGGAGCCAUCAAGUUUGUCUUAAGUGGAGCCAAUAUCAUGUGCCCCGGCUUGACGUCCCCAGGCGCCAAAUUGUACCCCACUCCCUCAGAAACAGUAGUUGCUAUAAUGGCUGAGGGAAAGCAACACGCCCUCUGUGUUGGAGUCAUGAAGAUGUCCGCUGAGAAUAUAGAAAAAGUCAACAAGGGGGUAGGAGUUGAAAACGUUCACUAUCUUAACGAUGGACUGUGGCACAUGAAGACUUAUAAGUGAGAGUCCUCCCGGACAACAUGGAGCUCUUGACAGCGAGGCUGACAGUCAAUUGUUUACACCAAUCGACUUCGCCAUUUAACAGCUGGAGGCUUUGAAACAAUUCCUAUUCGAUGCACAAAUAAAAACCUGCGUUCAAGUUCUUUUCUAUUAUUUUGCACUGCCUUUACCUUUAAAUGGUUUCUUUGCCAAAGUCGUCAUUGGGACUCACCUGCUACCAGAAGUGAAACAACACAUUUGACAUUGAUUGUGGGUCAUAGUACAAUGUAUUCUGUUAGAUGUAUUUAUGAAAUUAAAUCAAUAAAUACACCCUUUGACAAGUUGGAGUAAACUAUUGAAAUAAACGAUUAAAAAAUG